UCACACUGAGGACAACUGAGGGACUCGUGCACGGCUAUUAUAAAAGGUGCAAAAACGAUGAUCGGUGCAAAUUAUUUUGUUUAAAGAUCUUAAUUUUUUUUUCAUGUAGUAUAUGCCUUCAGAAGCUACAAAAGAGAGGUGCAUGUUUCCUAAAAGACAAAACAAUGACAAGCUACUUAACUGCACAUAUUCUAAGUCACUGUCAUGCGGUGUGAAUGCAGGAGGAGGGUAUCAUGUUAAAACUGCACUGUUUUAUUUUCUUCAGUAUUUGCGAUUUAUCCCCCCCUUACAUGUAGGGCUGGGUGAUAUUUUUGUCAUCUCACAUCACGAUACACAAUGCAUAUCACGAUGUAUAAUUUGGCUAACCAACAGUAGUAAAAUAAACAAAAGUUAGUUUGAUUAUACUUUUCUUUUAAUGCCUACAAAGCCAGAAAAGAUUAAGUUAAAGCAUUAUUACAUAUAUAUUUUUAAAAAAAAGCAUCCAUUCAGUACCAUUUUAAUUUGUAAUUAUAAAAAAAAAUACAUCACCAUACCAACGAUAUCUCAGAAAAGUAUAGUGCGUAAUCAUUUAUCAUGAUAUUGAUAUAUUGCCCAGCCUUACUUGCAGAGCUGUACUAGCAUAAUAUUACUGCAGAAUCAUUUCUAUGCAGUGUUGAACAAAUACAACAUCGACUAUUCAUUUAAAUCUGGUCAGGAUUUUUUGUGUAUUUUAUUAUUAGUUAUUUAUUUAUUUAUUUAUUUGACCUUUUUAGGUUAUUUACUGAAAUAAUGACACUUCUGUUCAUUUAUAUUUUUAAUGCAUGUUUAAUAUUUAAUGUAGCACUGCACAACGACAUGGUGUACAUUCUGUGUGCAAGACGUUUUGCUGUGAUGUGGCACAAAUAUGAAAAGGAAUAAAAGAAAAUGCUGCAAACACGGAGAUCGCGCGCGCACACACUCGCACACACACGCACACAGACCGAGAGAGGACUGACGCGUGCUGACGUAAGGAGCGCAUCAGACCGCCUGCCGCAGCACUAGCAAACAGUUUGACUUCUACUUAUGGCUCCGUUUAAUCGCGCGCACAUGGGUGUGGCGAGCAGGAAUGUGCUUUUAUGGCCACCUUGUGUUCAUUCAUUCACCGGAGCGGUGUCGGUCAGUAGAAUGCUCCCAUUAUAAUGCCUGCAUAUCGGUUUGAUCGGGCUGUGGGCGAUUUCCGUUUAGCAGAGAAGCAGCGCAAAACCGGCAGCAGAACAGAGAAGGAAGAAAACGCACGCGAUGAAGGAACUCUGGAGAUGUUUGGGGUUGUUUUUCUUCUUCUUCUUCCCUUUUGCGCAAAGCAUGAAAUGUGUCCGUUCUGUUCUCGCGUUCAUUGCGAGCUCCUAUUAAAAAAAAAAGACCGUCCAACCCAGUGAAAUUACUCCCAUCACGCCCCCAAUAGCCCCCCGACUCCAGGGAAAACACACACACACGGAGACAACUUUUGCGUCUACGCCAGUCUGUCCGCUCGCGGCGUGCGACCAAGAGCUCUUUAUAUUCUUCCUUCCGCGGACACCCAGGAAGCGAGGAGGAGUGUGUGGAGUGAGUGAGGUUUUUUUUGUUUGUUUUUUUUUUUAACAUCAGCUGGAGUUUUGUGGUGCGGUUCCGGCUCGUCCGACGAGACACGAGGUAUCUCUCCUUCGCUCGCUCGCUUGCGCGCGCGCUUCGGCGUUUUCGGCGUUUUCGGCGUUUCCGGCAUCCCCCCCCGGCUCGGACCGCACCGCACCGCGGUACCCGGAUAGUCCGCUUCCUUCUCCGUUUGGCUUGAUGAGCCGCCGGACUCUGCCUCUUUCAGCAAGACUUUUCAGUGCCGCGUUUUCCCCCUCUCCUUUGCUUCUCCUCCUCCUCCUCCUCCUCCUCAUCCUCAUCAUCCUCUCCCGUUCUGUCGCUCUUUCCAGUCCGACAUGGAAGAUGGGCCGCCUUCGACAAGCUGCUUCAGAAGGCUCGCGGACUGUUUUCUCGGCUCAAGUAGGUCUGACGGAUGAGAAAGUGAAGGCGUACCUUUCCCUGCACCCACAGAUGCUGGAUGAGUUUGUGCUGGAGAGCGUGAGCGCAGAGACGGUGGACAGAUGGCUGAAGCGCAAGAGCAGCGGCCCUCCUACAGAUGAGCCUUCAACUAAAGAAGUAAGCAGGCAGUACCAGGACACUAAUAUGCAGGGCGUGGUUUACGAGCUCAACAGCUACAUGGAGCAGCGGCUGGACACAGGCGGAGACAACAAACUCCUGCUGUACGAAUUGUGCAACAUCAUCAAAACAGCCACAAAAGCUGAUGGUUUUGCACUAUACUUCCUUGGAGAAUGCAACAAUACCCUGUGUUUAUUCACGCCGACAGGGGCAAAGGAGGGGCUUCCCGGGCUCAUCCCCUCUGGGCCCAUUGUGUUCGGUACCACCAUAGCUGCUCACGUUGCCAAGACUCGCAAGACACUACUUGUAGAAGACAUCAUGGGGGAUGAGCGGUUCCCCCAUGGCACAGGGCAGGACUCAGGGAUCCAUGUUCACUCUGUUCUGUGUCUCCCCAUCCUCACGGCCAUCGGAGACCUGAUCGCUGUGCUGGAGCUGCACCGCCAGCUGGGCCGAGAGCCCUUCAACCUCAGCCACCAGGAGGUUGCCACUGCAAAUUUGGCAUGGGCUUCUGUAGCUAUUCACCAAGUGCAGGUCUGCAGAGGUUUAGCAAAGCAGACAGAGCUCAACGACUUCCUCCUAGAUGUGUCAAAAACGUAUUUCGACAACAUUGUGGCAAUAGAUUCUCUACUUGAACAUAUCAUGAUAUAUGCAAAAAACCUGGUGAAUGCGGACAGAUGCGCCCUCUUCCAGGUCGAUCACAAUAACAAAGAGCUGUACUCUGACCUCUUUGAUAUCGGAGAGGAGAAUGAAGGGAAGCCGGUGUUUAAGAAAACCAAAGAAAUUAGGUUUUCUAUAGAGAAGGGCAUAGCAGGUCAGGUGGCACGAACAGGAGAGGUCUUGAAUAUUCCAGAUGCCUAUGCGGACCCACGGUUCAACAGAGAAGUGGAUCUGUAUACCGGCUACACGACGCGGAACAUCCUGUGCAUGCCCAUCGUCAGCCGGGGGACCGUAAUAGGCGUUGUACAGAUGGUGAACAAGCUGAACGGAAGUGCCUUCACUAAAACUGACGAGAACAACUUUAAGAUGUUCGCUGUCUUUUGUGCUCUGGCCUUACACUGUGCAAACAUGUAUCACCGGAUCAGACAUUCGGAGUGCAUCUACAGGGUGACCAUGGAGAAACUUUCAUACCACAGCAUCUGCACAUCUGAGGAGUGGAAGACCCUCACUCAGCUCUCCCUUCCGACCCCCAUAUACAAAGAGAUUGAACUGUUCCACUUUGACAUUAGCCCCUAUGAGGAACUCUGGCCUGCAGUCUUUGUGUACAUGGUGCACAAUUCAUGUGGAAAAAACAGUUUUGAGCUGGAGAAGUUGUGUCGCUUCACCAUGUCAGUGCGAAAGAAUUACAGACGGGUUCCAUACCACAACUGGAAGCAUGCGGUGACGGUGGCCCACUGCAUGUACGUCAUUCUUCAGAAAACCUCUGGAAUCCUCACUGAAUUGGAGAGGAAAGGUCUGCUUAUAGCCUGCUUGUGUCAUGACUUGGACCACCGAGGCUACAGCAACAGCUACCUGCAGAAGUUUGACCACCCGCUGGCGGCACUGUACUCCACGUCCACCAUGGAACAGCAUCACUUCUCCCAGACGGUGUCUAUCCUGCAGCUGGAAGGGCACAAUAUUUUCUCCAACCUGACUUCCAGCGAGUACGAGCAGGUGCUGGAGAUCAUCCGCAAAGCCAUCAUCGCCACCGACCUGGCACUCUACUUUGGCAACCGCAAGCAGCUUGCUGAUCUGCUGAGCACAGGCGCGCUGGACCUGAACAACCACGCCCACAGGGACCGCGUAAUUGGCCUGAUGAUGACUGCGUGUGAUCUCUGCUCUGUGACCAAACUGUGGCCGGUCACUCGCCUCACAGCCAAUGACAUCUAUGCAGAGUUCUGGGCUGAGGGGGAUGAGAUGAAGAAGAUAGGAAUGCAGCCCAUUCCGAUGAUGGACAGGGAUAAGAAGAACGAGGUUCCACAGGGGCAGGUGGGUUUCUACAACGCAGUGGCCAUUCCCUGUUACACCACGCUGUCUGAGCUGUUCCCUCCAUCUGCUCCUCUUCUUAGAGCCUGCAGGGAAAACCUGGGCCAGUGGGAGCGGAUUGCUCAAGGAGAAGAGCCGUGUUCGUGGACGCCGUGUGAGGAACCGGGGCAGAGUGAGCUGCUGGAGACUGGACCGGUCAAAGUGGACAACUGACUCAGCCUGAGUUCUUCAGCCUUGAACACAACAUCAUCCACACCCUGCCAGAGACAGUGCACUUCCUUUAGAACAGUCCCAUGCCGCUGGAGAUGGGAGGGAGCAGAGAGGCCAGGCAGGAGAGGUGAUAUUCACCAAGCAACUAAAGGAAUAAUCUUUAAAAAAAAAAAAAAAGACAAACUAAAACAAGCGUUACCUCAGUGGGUGACAGAGGCUAUAGACUCGAAUUAUAACGGCUCUCCCAGGAUGCAGGAUUCGACUGCCUCAAAUCCGCUCUGUGUGGGACCACCUUCGGUCUGAAUGGACUUCUUUAGCUUCGGGUUUUCCUUUGGAUGGUUGCUUUUUUUUUUUUUUUUUUUUUUUUUUUAAAUGUUUCGUUUUUGGUGAAAUCAAAUUCUUAGUUUUUCAAAUGGUUUCUUUUGUGGUCUUAUAUUUGAAGAGGCCUUAAAAUCUGAACCUGCAGUUCCUACUAAAAUGACUUGUAACUGGAGAGGGUUCAGGUCAUCUGAAAUGGUACUUUAAUUCCUGCUGUGAUCAAAACAUCAAACGCGAAAACCUACUUGAGAGAUUCCAAGAGACAGUAGGGAGCGUAACGCCGCACGGUGGCAGUCUUGUGGACGCGUUCUGUCCGUUUGUGCAAAGAUGUUUUGCAGUACUUGAAAGAAGAAAUACAGCCUAUUCUAUGUGGGGAGAGGGGUUUGGGGGGGAGGAGAGAGAAACAAACCCUGCAGUGUAUCCGUCUGAAGUAAGAGGAGCUGUUGUAAAGAAAGAAGCCGGAUCAUUCUGAACCUUACUGUAGUCACAGGAGAGUCAAUGUUCCGCUCUAAAAAUCUGACCAUGCAACCUGAUGUACAAAUCAGCUUUUGAUCCUCUUGUUCUCAAAGUGCUGCACCUUGGGCAAUCCACUCAUUUUUAAGGCAAACAGUAAUAAAUGUUUUAUGCGGUGCAUUGUGACGCUGUAGUGGCAGGCACACAAAA